AUUGUAAAACUGUAAAGUAAAAACUGGCCGGUAAAUAAAGACAUACUAGACUGUCUGAGCCCAUAUGUUGGCUAAGUUUCUAUCUGGAUGAUGUAGACAGUGAGGAGGAGGAAAAUAAAAAUGACAGCGAGAAGACAGUGAUAAUAAGUUGGGUAAACAAAACAAAUCAAAGAAAAAGUGAAAGUGGUGCUUCUAUGGCUGUUCGGGGAAGGAAGCUCAACAUCCAGUGUCGGUCCGGGAAUAAGAGAGUCAGGAAGUGAGACGGGGAAGGGAAAGGGAGGGAGGAAGAGAGAGAGAGAGAGAGAGAGAGAGACCUGUAACUGAAGUGCACUUUAAACCUGAGCUCACUGGCAUUUCUCUCCAGUCGGCCGCUGAGAGUUAACUGCACCGCUGGAUGUACAACCUUAAACCUAUUUCCGUGGAAACAUCGCAUGGUUGCAGCCAUGGAGUGCCUCAAAGACUGCUGCAAGAACUUCUUGACAAAGAAGGGGAAGGAGCAGGAGACCCAAGUGAUCUCACUGAAGAUGCCCCCUAAAAAGACAGCAGCUUUAGGGUGGGAGCUGAAUGAAGGGAGAAGGGUGGUCACAGAAGAUUACCUCCUGUCUAAGCUGCCCCCGGAUGGUAGAGAGGUGCCGUUUGUCCUCCCGACCUUUAAGGCCUCUUACAUCCAACCCAGAGGGUCCCGCUACCCGAAUUUACAGUCUGGGCUGGAGAGUUCAGCCCGGUGCACUUAUGCACAGAGGAAGGCAGAGCUGCUGGGUUCCAGUCACUUCACCUACAGCCCCGAGUACAGCUUUCAUCAGGGUCAAAUGGCUGAAAACAUUUCCCCCAGCUCAACCCACCGCGACACACUGAAGAACAUAAAGUCUAGUCCUCAAAGUCCAGGUUGGACUCUGAAGAAGGGCGGUGAGCAGCAACUGAGCAGCUCCAUGUUUGAUCUGUCCAGCUCUCAGGGUCACAUGCAGCGCUUCGACUCCACCUCCAGUGUCCUCAGCAGCACGUCCUCCAUGAUUGGCUCCAUUGAAAGCAGCCUGGACUCUGUCACCCUGUCUGGGGACGAGCGUGAGUUGGGGAAGGUGUGCGUCCGAGUGAGCUACCAGGAGGCUUUGGAGCAGGUGUGGAUCACUCUGGUCCAGUGUUCAGACCUCAACCUUCCUCCGGAUGGAGUGGAACAACAAAAGAUUGGAUUUAAAGGGAUCCUCACCAUCCCCAAACCAAUACAGUUCAAGAGUUCAGUCAAGGAAUACUGUCAGGAUGUGUCCUUCAUAGAGACCUUUGUGUUUGCACUGCAUAUCCAGCAGUUGCGCUGCAGUGCUUUGUUGUUGCGGGUGCAAACAUACAACCCCAGGAAACGUACGGUGGCGGAGUGCGUCCUCUCCUUGCGACAGCUCGGUCCACAGGAGACAGAGCACUGGCUUCAUCUAAACCCUCCGUCCAAAUCCUCUGUGUGCCACUCUGAGCUGCAUCUCACCACCUGCUUUCAGCCAGUGAACGGACGCAUCCAACUCAAGGUCCUCGCCGCCCAAAACCUCACAGCAUCCUCAUCACCACUCACCCAAUCAUUUUUUGUCAAAGUGGAGAUGCACCAGUUGGGGCAUGUGGUGACUAAGAAGAAGACUCGUGUGCUGAAGGCUUCGGGGGGUCAGUGUCAGUGGACGGAGACUUUUCAUUUCCCCCUGACUGCGUUAGACCACGCCUGCUCGCUGUCAGUCAGACUUUACAGCCGGAGUUCAGUCAGGAGGAAACGGUGUCUCGGACAGGUUCAGCUGGGAUUCGACAGCCCUACCCCAGAAGCAGUGGAGCAGUGGAAAGACACGAUGGCUCACCCAGAGAAAGUGGUGUCUGCGUGGCACAGAUUGAGUGCUGCCUAAUCCUCUUCUCCUAACCUCCUCUUUACACACAAUGGAUGUGAAUCUCUUGGGCUGCAAGUCCAGCUGUGCCCACUUGCUUUUCCAGUCUGUUGGCUACAGUCCUGUACGCUAACUGAGUCGACUCUAAUGGACCAGACUAUAAACUACUAAACGGGGUCCGAAUGCCCUGGGAGACCAGAUUUUCACAGAGACAGUUCAGGUGCCUGGUUGUAAAUAGGGGUUUUCGAACAAAGUGUGGUUUUCAAGCUGGAAAUGUUAGUUUGGUGGUUAUUGUCUAGACAAAAUUAAGUUCUUUCUUAAAAAAACAGUAGAGCUUUUGCCUAGCUGACAACCAUUCAGUUGCAUAGCAUUUAGCUGUAUAUAAUGGUGUAUUUUGUAAGUCUUGUGUCUUGUGUAUAUGACUUAUAUUAGUGAAAAUCUUGUUUUCAAUCUCUCUGUUGCAUAGAAAGUUUACAAGUGACCAUAAAGCCAAACUCACUGUAA